UUGAUCAAACGACCCCCUCCCCCCCUUCAUGGCCAUCGUGAAGAAAUAGUAAACAAAAAUUAGACUCGUUGAGUGCGGAUUUGACAAUUGUCACCGAGUGUUCAUCACUCGAAAAUUGAUCGAUCUUCAUAAAUACUUGAUUGGAUAUUUCAUUCUCUCAAGUGAUUCCUCAAAGCAUUCAAAAUUCCUUCGUUUAUGGAAAAAUUUGUGCUGAAAGUGGAGAAAAAGAUAGAGAUGUUCAUGGCAAAGUACGAGUUUCACAUCAAAGAAUACGAUCAAAUUGAGAAAAAUUUGAUGCUCAUGUGCAGACAGUGUAAUCAAAGACCUAUGACGAGGAAGAGGAAGGAGCAAAAAGAGGCGUUAAGAUCCAAGGCAAGAUUCCACAAGGAGCACAUACUCAGGAAUAUCGAGGCCAUAAGAGCUGUCAUGACAUCGAUGAGGAUUAUCACUAGAAGAUACUUGAUCCAGAGGAGGCGCAGGCAGACACGAGAAGCUCAUCGUCUUGGAAACAACAAUGACCCUGAAGACUAGCCCCUCAUCAUUCUCCACCCUAAAACCACAUUCCUGUGAUAUCGAAGAGAAGAAACCUCAACUUUAUUGUAUUUACAUCAUUAAACAUUGUAAAUAACUAAUUUUGUAAUCACAUAACUACCACGUCCAUAACAUAAACUCUCUAAAUAAACUUAAAAUUUUAAGAAAACUCAUUUCAGAGUUUUAAAUUAUAAUAGAAAAACCGCACACCAGCAA